AUGUCACGCCUCACCAAAUUAAACGAUAUGGAACAUUUGAUGCUGAACCACUGGCUGGAUACGCACGACAUCAAACUCGAUUAUCACACACGAAAUCAGUUUCGCGAUGCCCUGGCCAUUGCCAGAGUCUUCGAGAAGAUCCAUCCAGAAGUCGUUGAUUUGCACAGCUACAUACCCCGCACCAGUGUGGCCAUGAUGAUUGAGAACUGGAAGAUAUUCAAUAUACGGGUCCUGACCAAACUCAAUAUUUGUAUCUCACAAACGGAUAUGGAGAGGCUGGCCUUGGGCACAGAGGGUGCCAUUGAAUCGCUUCUAUAUGAUCUAAUGGUCGCCGACUACAGCCUGAUGAUGCGUUUCGAUUCGGAUAAAUCUUUUAAUCAUUUCGAUGAUGUCGACUAA